AUGGCCCUGCCUGAGGAAAGGGCGCCAGCAGAUCACACUUUGGAGACUGCCUCGGCUUCAGAACUGAAGCAACAAAAUAACCAUAGCCCGCCUGUUGAGCAGCAAGACCCUUUCAGUGGGCUUUCUUUCAAGGUAGGAGUGGCAGAGAACAAAAAUGCCACCUACAGAGCUAAGAUGGAAGAUGUGCACACGUAUGUCGCCAACUUUGCUGAGAAGCUUGACUGGGGCUACUUUGCCAUAUUCGAUGGCCAUGCCGGGAAAUCGACAGCUCGUUGGUGCGGCAACAAUUUGCAUACUUUGAUUGAGCAGGAAUUGCUAGCGAAGGAGGCUCUGGCGAAUUGUGGCCUGGGUGCCUCUCCAGCACACCUCUGUGAUGUCAAAGAUGUGUUUCAUAAUGUAUUCGUGAAGGCUGACGAGCUUAUCGAAGAAGAAGGCAGUGGAUCUGCUGGCUCGACUGCUGCUGUGGCCAUAUUACGCUGGGAGUCUACUGAAGAGCUGGCGGAACUGGGGAAACUGAAUCCCCCGAAACCAGGCAAGAAGUUUGAUUUUGUCCCAGGACCACAUCACAAGCGAAUGUUGUACACAUCAAACGUCGGCGAUCUGCGAAUUGUCAUUUGUCGGGCCGGGAAAGCUUACAGAUUGACCUAUGACCACAAAGCCUCUGACCCCAGUGAGAUAGACCGAGUGAGAGACCGUGGUGGUCUCAUAGUCAAAAACAGAGUCAAUGGCGUCUUGGCGAUUACUAGAUCAUUGGGAGACUCGUAUAUUAAAAACCUUGAUGAAUUUCUAAUAUUGGCCUGUGACGGUGUGUGGGAUGUGAUUAGCGAUAGCUUCGCCUGCAAGUUUGUCGCCGAUAUUUUCAAACAGCAAGAACAAAACAAGGAACCCAUCGAUCCUGCGAAAGCUGCCAAAAGGCUAUGCCAGCUCGCUAUCGACAAUGCUACAACCGACAACGUAACUGCAAUGGUUGUCAAAUUUGACUCGAGCGUAUUGAGCGCUGACUAG